AUGGAUCACAGCAAUAUCACUCAAUGGUCAAUUAUUAUGACAGGCAAACCAGGAGGUCUAUAUGAGGGAGGUAAGUUUAAGAUCUCUGUAUCUUUCCCACCCAACUAUCCUUUUUCAUCACCAAGAGUUUUAUUUGUAACACCUAUCUAUCAUGUUAACACUAAUAGAAGUGGUAGUGUUUGCCUUUAUCUUUUAAAUAAUAUGUGGUCACCAUCUUUAACAGUUUCAAAAAUAAUGCUUUCCCUCGAUGUCUUACUCGAAAAUCCAGACAUUAAUAGCCCAUUAGAUUUUUCAAGAUCUGCUCUCUAUAAUUCAGAUAGAAAAUCAUAUGAAGAAGAGUGUAGAAAAAGUGCAGCUUUAUCACACUCCUUUUAA